AUGACGAUAGACUGGGUUACCACCACCGCCAAGUCAUUUGUUGAUAACGGAGGUUCAAGCGAAGAUUUCUGUUGGACUGUGACACAAUGGCUGUUUGCUGCCCGUCAGAGUUUUGGAAAGGAACAGCAGCCAGCGAUACAGGUCAUCACAGUAGCCUUGGCGGUCGCCCUCUUACGGGAGAGACGCCAGGUCGCCACGUCGAAUACAUUGCCUGACGAUAUUACUCUCGCCUGGAGCCUAAUUCACCAAGCGCUCACCUUAGGAGAUCCGAUUUGCACACCUUCAAGAAGCGCCCAAGGAUUUCUAUCUGUUGCCCUUUGCAGUUUAAUAACAGAUGGCAACAUUGAGGAACUAUGGCGCUUUCACGUCUGGCUCCCGGAUGGAAAGCGUGGCAAUGCAGACUUUGCCCUACACUCACAUCAGCCUUUUGCUGAAAGCUGGAUCUUAGCCGGUGAGGGCAUAGAUCAUAGCUAUGCUGUAACACCUGCUGUCAGCGAGUCGGCGGCAACCCAUGCCACUUAUCGUCUGUCGUGGAAUGAUGGAGUAAAGAAUGGCUCUAAAUAUAAGACGCAUCAAAUUUCUUCAAGCAUAGUCAAUACAGGCGAGUUAGUCUCCACUGUACUGACUCGAUCAGAAACGCACAGGCGAGACAACAACUAUACUAUUCCGUCGGCAAAUUAUCAUCGCACAGAAGUCCAACCAAACGCGAUCCAUGCCACGAUUUUCGUGUUCGACUCUAGUCGCGGCUUCCAGAGGGAUGCUCCCGUCCUCGGACCAGUCGCAGGCGAAGCACUGACCCAGCAGCGUGAUCCCGCGGGAGUAACUGCAGCUGAAUUAGCACGACUUGCUGGCACUCUCCGUUCAUGGGAAGAUUCAGUAACCCAGGGUCGGGAGCUUGCGUAUCACGUGAAAUGGGAAGACGCGUUCCGAGCGUUCCAGAAAGCACUACAUAUACUCGAUUUGCAUCAGGGUAUCCGUCUUCCGCCGCAUUACCGCACUCGUACACUGAUCGAGCUCGGCAACGUCAAUAGACGCUUCGGUCGAUACCACGAGGCCCAGAAAUAUCUGGUUUCCGCGCUGCGAGAUAUGGAUCCAAGCAUGGAACGGGCCGAGCUCAGUGGUGAGUUAGGCGUUGUCUAUCGGCAUAUGAACAAAUUGUUGGAGGCCAAGCAACAUUUUGGAGAGCAAUACACUAUUGCGUGCGAGUUCAACGAAAUCCGCACCAUGUGUCGUGCUAUCGGCAAUCUUGGGAUGGUGAACUAUCAAUUGUUCAGGCGAGAUGGUGGGAAGGACAUUUUGGACAUAGCGACGCGACAGUUGCUCCUCAGGGUUCAAUUAGCCCGGGGAAUCAAGUCGAGCACUACUCUAGAACCUGAUGCAGCAAGAGCGGGACGGCAAGAUGUGCGAUCUGCAAUCACAUGGGAGGCAAUUGGUUUGGCUCGCUUGUCGCUUUGCUAUGGUGCCAAGGGCGAAAUCCCUCGAGCUAUCGCUUCCGCCAAGGAAUCUCUUCAAAUAAUGACAGGCUCUGGGGAUGCAACAGUGAUCGCAAUGUCCCGAUUUUUCUACGGCCGCGCGUUGCUCCUAGCUGGCGGAGCUUACAGACCUGAGGCCAUGGAACAGUUCAAUCAGAAAGGCACGUGUACACCAGCCAUGGCCUUAUGCAAAGAGCCCUCCGAAGAGCAUCAAGGUUAUCUAGAAGAGAUGAUCAAUGCUGGCGCGGACCUGGAUAUGCGUGAUGAACAGGGCUAUACAGCUCUUGAUUACGCAGUGUUCAGCGGAGAUUCAAGGACUGAAAGUUUGGUUGUUGACGGUCUUCGGAAUAAUGUCCUUCUAUCGAAAAUUGGCAACGCAGACUCACUAGUCUUCCAAAGGUUGACGGAAGCUCAUGUUCGGAAGGGGUAUCGCGAAAUGUUGCAAGAAAGCCUACGACCUGCUUUGCUUCGUACCCACGGUUUGGGUGCUUUCUCAGAAGUCCGGGCUGCAUAUGCAAAUAGCUUGGCUUCUGACCCAAAGAAGCGAACGAUGUUUGAUCAACUCAAGUUCAUCCUUUACAGGGAUUUCGUGCGUAUCCAACGGCUACCUCGUUCAAGCGAUAACUUGGCCUGCUGUCAAUCUAUCAAAACUGCGCAGAGCAAAACCGCCAACUUCCUCAUAUUUUUCUCGUAUAGAUGGAUCAAUGAGAGACCAAAUGGCCACAAUAAACCGACUCAUGUGACUCCAGACGACGACCAGCAUACACAGUACAGGCGGAUGUUAAUUGCGCUUGACGAAUUCCUAAUCAAACAUCCUCGCGUUGACUCGCAUAGUCUUGGAAUCUGGAUGGACUUCGCUUGUGUCAACCAAGAUAACCCCAUAUCGGGCGUCCAAUCGUUGCCUUUGAUCAUCGUGCAGUGCGAUGCCAUGAUUAGCCUAGUCGACGAGACCUACCUUAGCCGUGCCUGGUGCUCAGUGGAGAUGAUGUUCAUAAAAGCCCUCAGCAAGGCGUACGGUAGGCACCUAUGGUACGAGCAAGUGGUCGUGGACACAUUUCAGGAUACCCCCCUGCACCCAGAAGUGGAUUUUGAAAACUUUGGUAGGGCUCAUCAAUGGUGCACCGGCGUCCGGCCCACGAGUGAAGUUUUGGUCAAGGCUAUGGAAACGAUGCCGGACCUAAGUAUUUCGGUCAUGUGGGGUCUAUCCUCGAUGGGCGAAAAAUUCAUAGUUGGUGUUUUCAACCCAGUUUCCGUCGACGGAGAGGAAAGUGCUACAGAGCAAGAGGAAAAUGAGCUGGAAUCAAAUGAAGAAGAGGGUCAAUUGGCGGUAAGUGAAGAUGAUGUGAAUGAUUCGGUUAGACACGGCGGUACAUCCAAACACGUCAUUUUUAUCCGCAGUCCAGAACAGCAUGUCAUUUGUGUCAACGACGAAUUGCGUAUCAUCGAGCAUCGACUUCACUUUGGAAAUGAUCUUGUAAUUUCGGAUGGCGGGACCACAUCUCUCGACGCUGGUGACAAACGCGUACACAUUAAGACUAAAAUUCUCGAGAUAUGGAGUGAAACGUCUACAAGUAGUUGGUUGAGCUUAAAGCUAUUCAUUUCAUUCAUUUAUUGGUAA